AGUACUUCACUUACCGGUGACUGAAUGCCCAGAAGACAGACUGCCCAUCGGGAAAAUCAACUAUCUAUUAGGGUCCACUGGACACGAAUGAAUGAACCAUGGUAGUGCCACCGCUGCUGAGGGCAGACCGUGCUGCGGUUCCGACCACUAGACAUGAUCACGAAGAACGCGAGAGACACGAUACCUCAGAAGUUUCGACAGUGCACGAAGAUAUCGAUAUCAUUAAGAUGGGACCGAGGAGUAGGUGUAGGAUAUUCUCAGUGCUGUCCGAGGACUGGGUAUUCUCGGUAUUUGAUCAGUGCUGUGACUGUGGGGACGGGGACCGACGACUAAGUGUAGGCAUGUUUCUCGGUACAACUGCCAGUACUGUGAGUUGUGGAGUUUUAAUUUAAAAUCUAAUCUCCAUAGUACAACGACGAGCGAGGAAAGUGAAUUAUCGACACGAGACGAUUGCAAUUCGAGUUGCAUCGAUGUUGCGGCAUCGAGUCAGGAUGAAGGUGGAGUUAUGGCUAGUAAUACAUAGCAUUUUGUUCAUCUUUGUAUUUUGGUACUACGUACAUCAUCCUGUUGUACUUCUAAAGUACAGCACUGAGUGGAGUUAAGGACUUCCACACUGAUUUAUAAGUGCUUACAUCUUGUUGUUCUUGUGAUUGUUUCUCUCUCUCUUCGAUUACAGCGUACGGCGAUGGUUAUUCUAAUGCGCGAGGGCCUUCGAUGGCAACCUCAACAUCUUCCUCUUCGGCGUUGACGCGACGAGGAAGAGGACAGAGUAGUCGGACAAGUAGAGAUCAACAUCAUGUUGAGCCACCAGGAUCGACAUCAUCUACUUCGUCUAGGAACGUCAACAACACGAACCACAAUCAAGGAUUGUUUCGUGGUGGUACACCGCAGAUAGCAGUGGGCAACGAACUGACUGCAUGGCGACGACUGCUUAGCACAUACACUGCAAUAGUUAAGGGUCAUGAUAAUUCAUCUUCACUAGACUUAAACAUUAGACCACAAAGACUAGAGACUACAGAGCUAUUGGAACACUCAUACAGAGGAGCCAGAUCAUCGUCACAUUUCACAGAGUGUCUUUCUUAGUUUAAUUAUUCCUUGUUCUGGUGGGUCCUCGAUAUCAAGAACUUAUACUCUGAAUACAAUGCUGACUGUAAGGAAAGAAGGCCAGUCAAUUAGCGUGGGCUCUUUCAUCUCUGUAAAGCUGACUGUAAGGAAAGAAGACCAGUCAAUUAGUGUGAGCUCUGUAAGGAAAGAUGAAUUUGUGUGAGUUUAGUGUGACCGACCUAUAAAGGAUAUCCCUACGUAGUGAACUCUUCUAAAUGAGAAGGCGCGACAGUAUUAUUCCUGUAUUGGAGCAUUGUUGGAUUUUCGGGUAAUAUUGUUUCUUCCCUUACAUGGAUUCUGGGAGCCCUACUCCUGUUCUGGUGGGGUAUUCGACGAGAAAAGGCUAUUAAGGCUCAGCUUUCAAUGGUCAUUGGGGUUGGUCACUGAGAUCGAAGAAGCGACCCCUUUGGAGAACAGGGGAAAAGGAAGGGAAAGAAGAGAGCUUUGAAGGGGGUCUCUUCCGUUCAGCAUCAGUGACCACUGAAUGCUGAGCUUUAAGGCUAGCAACUGCGAAAAAUCAGACUCACUUCUGACGGCGACUACUUCUUGCUACAACUCCAAGAAUUAAGGCUCCUUCCCAUGAUCCAUCUCCAGAAGCAUCUCGAAGCUGUCCCAUGAUAUGGAGAAGAGAGGCUCGAGAUGAGUCUCAGGAUGGGUUAAUAUGGUGGGCGCUAAUCCAAGAAGAGUAAUUGUGAAAAUGAAGUGCAUCAAGUUGUUCAAAAAGGCACCCGCUCAAGAGCUGCCUCAGAUUUUCUACCCGCUUUUCUUAGAAAACCUGACCAAGAACAGGAAUCGGAAAAGCAGGAAAACUCCAACAAUUAUAGUAGAAGUUCCAUAACGACAACGUCUUCAAGAACAUCUUCUAGUAGGGUAAAAAACAAACAACAACGAGAACGAGGUCGAAGUAGUAACAUAGAAGCGACAUCACACCAGCCAGAUCCACGACAAGGACAUCAGAACGACCCACGCGUAGAAGAUCUUGACCUACAACUUCUAGAGCGGCUACCCCUAUCAAGAUUGUGGAGUUGCUGUAUUUUUGAGACGUUUCGCCGUG